AUGCCACGCCAGUACGAUGAAGAUGAAGCACGCCGCCCCAUCCUACAGCCGGAUACGGACACGGAUGAACCGACGGGUUCGGCGGUCAGUGGACCGUUGGCCCGCCUAGGCCGCACGAGCGAUGACGACGAGCUGACCGAACGGCUGACCGGGUGUGGUGCGAGCGCGUGCUGUAACCCGUCCUCGUUUCUGCAUCGCUUCCAGGCCCUUAUCUUGAUGUGCCUGGUCGGUUUCGGUUCGUACUUCUGUUACGAUAAUCCUGGCGCGCUGCAAGAUACGUUCAAAUCGGAUCUUAAUCUUACCACCACCCAGUUUGUGAUGCUGUACUCGAUCUACUCGUGGCCCAACGUGAUCCUAUGCUUCAUUGGGGGUUUUCUGAUGGAUCGUGUGUUCGGCAUUCGGCUCGGUACGAUCAUUUACAUGUUUAUUCUACUGAUCGGACAGCUGAUCUUUGCGAUGGGCGCUACUAUCAAUCUGUUCUGGCUGAUGAUUGUCGGACGGUUUAUGUUUGGCAUUGGAGCAGAAUCGCUUGCAGUGGCCCAGAACAGUUACGCGGUGCUCUGGUUCAAGGGCAAGGAACUUAACAUGGUGUUUGGGUUGCAGCUUUCGUUUGCCCGUGUCGGUAGUACGGUGAACUUCCUCGUCAUGGUACCGAUCUACAAGUACGUGAAGAGCCUUGGCUAUCAGGGGCACAUGUGUACCGGGGUGGUACUGCUGCUAGCCACACUGACCUGCGUAAUGUCGAUGAUCUGUGCCCUAAUUCUUGGCUGGAUGGAUCGCCGGGCGGCACGUAUUUUGAAGCGUAACGAUUCGGCACCUGGUGGCGAAGUGGCCAAACUAUCGGACGUGCGCACCUUCAAGGUUUCGUUCUGGAUGGUGACGGUAAUCUGUGUCGCGUACUAUGUGGCCAUCUUUCCGUUCAUUGCACUGGGGAAGGUGUUUUUUAUGCGCAAGUUUGAUUUCUCGUCCGAAGAUGCGAACACGGUCAAUUCGAUUGUGUACAUCAUUGCGGCGGUCGCAAGCCCACUGUUUGGGCUGCUCGUUGAUCGUACCGGGCGUAAUGUGCUGUGGGUGUUUCUGUCCGUGCUGGUGACGAUCUUCGCCCAUGGGAUGCUUGCUUUUAGCUAUUUGAAUCCGUACAUCGGUAUGAUUACGAUGGGAUUGGCGUACUCGAUGUUGGCUUCCAGUUUGUGGCCGUUGGUGGCGUUGAUUGUGCCGGAGUAUCAGCUCGGAACGGCGUACGGCAUUUGCCAAUCGGUGCAAAAUCUUGGACUGGCCGUCAUUUCGAUGAUUUCGGGCAUGAUUGUCGAUAAGGGUGGAUACUUUAUGCUUGAAAUUUUCUUCAUCGGAUGGCUUAUCGUCUCUCUACUGGCCACCAUCGUUAUCUGGCUGUAUGACGCAAGCAAUGACGGUUUGCUCAACAUGAGCCCUACAGCACGCGCCCUUUAUGCAAGCAAAACGCUGCAGCGCAUGUCCGGUGACCAGGGUUCGUCCGGCGAUAUGACCGACAGCCAACAGGAACGUGAUCGACGCGCCAACGAUCCGGAAGCGAUCCGCAACCGGUACUUGAACCGUGUGCUCGACGGUACACCAACCCAAAGCGAUACGGAACCGCUGGUAGAGUGAG